CAAGGUCACGUGUCAAGGAUCCUUGACCUAGGCCUCGCCUUCAGCAACGCCCUGGAUAGCAGAUCCUGGAAGUCCAAGCACUCAGUCACUGGGUGCUUUGGGACUCCUCCUACCACUACCAGACCAAGCCCGCUAUGCAGGUCUCCGAGUAGCGCAGACGCCUUCCAGCCUCCGCGCCUGCGUAUUCCGCGCCCUCCCUCCCGCACCAUGAAGGUACUCCGGCGCGCAUGGCGGCGCCGGGUGGUGCUGGCCUUAGGCGGCCUAGCGUUUUGCAGCACCACUCUGUUGUAUUUGGCGCGCUGUGCUUCAGAGGGCGAGACGCCCGCAGCUGCUGGAGCCGCUCAACCCCGCGAUAAGGCUUUCCUGGCAGUGUUAGUGGCCAGUGCGCCCCGCGCGGUUGAGCGCCGCAGCGCGGUGCGCAGCACGUGGCUGGCACAGGGGAGGCGCGGCGGCCCUAAGGACGUGUGGGCGCGCUUUGCUGUGGGCACAAGUGGCCUGGGCACAGAGGAGCGGCGCACGCUUGAGCUCGAGCAAGCACAACACGGGGACCUGCUGCUGCUGCCCGCCCUGCGCGAUGCCUACGAAAACCUCACGGCCAAGGUCCUGGCCAUGUUGACUUGGCUGGACGAGCACGUGGACUUCGAGUUCGUGCUCAAGGCGGAUGACGACUCCUUUGCGCGCCUGGACGCCCUAUUGGCGGAGCUACGCGCACGUGAGCCUGCACGUCGCCGUCGCCUCUAUUGGGGCUUCUUUUCUGGGCGUGGGCGAGUCAAGCCUGGAGGUCGCUGGCGAGAAGCUGCCUGGCAACUCUGCGACUACUACCUGCCCUAUGCUCUGGGUGGUGGGUACAUCCUCUCUUCGGACCUGGUGCAUUACCUGCGCCUCAGCCGCGAAUACCUGCGCGCGUGGCACAGUGAAGAUGUAUCACUGGGCGCCUGGCUGGCACCAGUGGAUGUGCAGCGGGAGCAUGACCCACGCUUCGACACAGAGUACAAAUCACGGGGCUGCAGCAAUCAGUACCUGGUGACACACAAACAGAGCCCGGAGGACAUGCUGGAGAAGCAACAGAUGCUGCUUCACGGGGGCCGAUUGUGCAAGCAAGAGGUGCAGUUGCGCCUCUCCUAUGUCUAUGAUUGGUCGGCGCCACCCUCCCAGUGCUGCCAGCGCAAGGAGGGCAUUCCCUGAUGUCGUUGCAUGUGUUGUGGCCUCUAUGGACACAGGCCAAGCUGCCUGGACAAUCUGGCCAAUUGUCUGGGUGAGCCAAUAACUGUUGAGGCCUUGGGACCUCAGUCCACUUACUGAUGGCCAGAGGCAGCUAUCAACAUCUAGUCCAUGCCCUGGAGGGUGUGCUCAUUAGUGGUCUUGUGUAAGACCUGUCCAGGGGCAUCUGGUUAUGGAUUUAUAGAUUGCAUCUGCACCCCACACACACCUCCAGCCAGUGUAAUGCCACCUAUCAACCAUCUGAGGUGUGAGGGCAGGGGGCCUCCUCACUUGAUGAGUUUAUAGUAUGAAUUCUGUCUCUACUUACACUAUGCAGCUCACUGCCCAUCUUGAACGUUCUGCACAGCCCUGUCUGCAGAGUGACUUGCAGACUGUGUUGAAUUUAUCUGUGUAUUGCCAUCAAAAUGUUAUUUGCCUAAAUGGUCAUUGUAUUGUUUGGACAAAGUUCCA